ACGCAAUUGCUUUUUUUUUUUUUUUCUUGGUCAUAAUUUUUAUUUUUUUAAUUGUCCUCCCUUUUCUUAUAUUUCGUGAAAGAAAAAAUUGGCACGUGCGAACGGGAUAAGAUUCAAGCCGACUUCGCGCCCAGUCCCACUUCCCCUACGCUGCUACGCUCACUUUUAGGGGUUUUCCCGCCAACCCAAAAAAGCGUAGAGAUUAGCAACGAACCAGUUGGUCGCCGGAGACGAAGAGAGUGAGAUCUGCCGCGGCAAGGGAAGGUCACUCUGGCCGCUCCGGUUGCUGCUUGUAGGGAAGAUUGACGAGCGCCAACUGUUUGCGCGGAGGGAAGGGAACUCGCGCUUGCUCCUGGAGAAGUUUCAGAUAGAGACAAGAGAGAUGAGCGCGAUGAUGAGGAAGAAGGUGCAGAAGAAGUUCAAAAUGGGGGGAUACACCUUGAAAGUGGAAGCUCUAAACGAAGUGCUGUCCUUCGUAACUCAUUUCCAGGGCGCCGAAGACGAAGCCCUAGAUCUACUCCUCGAUGAGCUCCAUCACCAAUCCCUGAAAUCAUCGAUUCUGGAUCACGAACCAGUGCAUCGAGUCAUCAGCCUUCUCCGGGAGGCCGAAGCCGCCGGUGGCUCUGAUGCAGUGGACGAAAUCCCUGACAGCAGCUCCGCCUUUUCGUCGUCCGCAGCUCUCCGCAUUAUCGAUAUCUUCAUUAUCCCCAAAUUCCACUACGAUCCAGUCAAAAAAGUCUUCUUCGAGCAUAAAGGAAGGAUUCCAAUUCAUGGUGAUGCUGCUGCAAAAGCUACUUUAUAUAGGGAUAGAUUUCUGUUGUUGCUCCAGAGGCUUUCUCGUGAUCCGCAUUUCUCUAGGUCUGCAUUUGAUACCGAAAGGUCUCAGUUUGGCAGUUUUGAGAUAUCUCCAAUUCAGAGUUUGAUUGGGUUAACAGGGAGAAGGUGGGUCAUGGGUGUUAUAUCUCAGUUGGAGGAUGGUCAUUUCUAUUUGGAAGACCUCACGGCAGCCGUUGAAAUCAAUUUGGCUGAUGCAAAGAUAACAACAGGGUUUUUCUCAGAAAAUACUAUUGUUUUAGCAGAAGGAGAGAUGCUUUUGGAUGGUAUCUUUCAGGUGAAAACAUGUGGAUUUCCUCCCUUAGAAGACAGAGACAAGUCAAUUGCUGCUUUUGCUGGAUUUGACUUUUUUGGUUGUGGGACACUGGCAAAGGAAGAAACUCUGAGACUUGCAGAGAUGGAAAAGAGAGCAGUUAAUGACAUGUUUGUCAUAAUGUCUGAUAUUUGGCUUGAUAAUGAAGAGACCAUGGAAAAGCUAGAGACAGUCUUAGAUGGAUAUGAGAAUGUAGAGGUGGUUCCUUCUUUAUUUGUUCUUAUGGGAAAUUUUUGUUCCCAUCCUUGUAAUCUUUCCUUCAAUUCUUUCUCAAGUCUCAGAUUGCAGUUUGGAAAACUUGGGCGGAUGAUUGGGACACACUCACGAUUAAAAAGCCACAGUAGAUUUUUAUUAAUUCCUGGUCCUGACGAUUGCGGUCCUUCUACAGUUCUACCUAGGAGUGCUUUGCCAGACUACAUAACCGAAGAAUUUAAGCAGCAUGUGCCAAAUGCGAUAUUCUCAAGUAAUCCUUGCAGAGUCAAGUUUUGCACCCAAGAAAUCGUAUUUUUCCGUCAGGAUCUGCUGUACAGAAUGCGUAGAUCUUGUUUGAUACCUCCUUCAACAGAAGAAACCAGUGAACCUUUUGAGCAUCUUGUUGCUACCAUAACACAUCAAGGCCAUCUCUGUCCCCUUCCUCUGAGUGUACAGCCCAUUAUCUGGAAUUAUGAUCAUUGUCUGCAUCUUUAUCCAACUCCUCAUGCGAUAGUGUUGGGGGACAGAAGUGCACAGAAGGCAUUUAAUUACACGGGAAUUACAUGUUUCAACCCUGGUUCCUUCUCAAAUGAAAGCACCUUUGUGGCAUAUCGACCUUGCACACGCGAAGUUGAGUUAUCGGCAUUGUGAUCAAUAAGUCAACAUCUUUGUAUGGGCCAGCAGUGUGUUUUUGGUGCAAGAAGGUGCGAACAGCGGCAUGGCUGAUUAUUAUUUGGCCCAAUUAUCAGGACCAAGUCUAUUCUCUCCCUGAGCUUAUCAGCUUAUUUCAUCUUCAGGGAACUCCAAUGAAGUGUACUGAUUUACUGCGACACUAGGUAAAAAGUAGUGAUUAUUCUGAUAUACUGUUCUGUAUAACUGGUAAUAUCUUUGGUCUAAGUAGCCAACUCAAGAGCCCUUUCCAGUUGCUAACUGAAUGGCAAAUUAUUCACUUUGUAUAGUGGUCUUUAGAGGUCCCCCUCAAAUUCUACCUCGUUAUCUCAUGAUGUUCUACUUUUUCCUUUUCCACGGAGACGAUGUUAGAGAUAUUACUUGGCAAAAAGAUUUGAACAGUUGCACGCAAAGGCUAUAAGAGAGUCAUGUAAUUUCACGUUAUACUCCUUGAGAUUUGCCCCCACAAAAAAGAAAUACUUGUAAUAUCGGAGAAAUGACCAUGACUUUCUUUGAUUUUAUAACUUUAUUUACACUUAUGUUUUAUUGUUGUUAAAA